AUGUCCCUCCUCCGCCUUCUCCUCCGCCAGGCGCUGGCCAUUCUCCUCCCGCUGGCCCUGACCAGCACUGUCUAUCUCUAUCUCUACCCCGUCUUUCACGGCUGCGCAUUCCCUCUGCCAGAGGAAUCUAUCUCCUCUCAUCUCUCAAUCCCACACUUCUCUCCAUCUUUCCUCUUCACCCUCCGCCACCACCUCUCCUCCUCGCCUCCUCCAUCUGCGACCUCGCCCAUCUUCCGCCUCCUCGUUUUGGCCGACCCCCAACUAGAAGGCGACACCUCCCUCCCCAAACCUCACGAUCAACUCCCCGCCAAACUCUCCAACUACUAUGCCGACCUGUCCUCCACAAUCCGCACGAAACCCCCAUCCGCCACCCUCUACACCCUCCGCUCCGUCCUCCGCUCCCUCAUCUCCACCGACCUCCCCCGCGCAUUUCGCGCCGCGCGCAAACGCCUCGACCUGCUCGGAAAUGACUACUACCUGGCGCAUAUCUACCGCACGAUGCACUGGUGGAGUGCACCGUCGCACGUCACCGUGCUGGGCGAUCUAGUAGGGAGCCAAUGGGUGAGCGAUGGGGAGUUUGAGGAACGGGGUCGGCGAUACUGGAAACGAGUGUUCCGCGGUGGUGUGCGGGUGGAUGAUGAGAUUACCGGGGAAAUGGGGACGGAGGUGUUGGGAACUGAUAACGGGGAGUGGGAAAGGAGGGUCGUGAACGUCGUGGGGAACCACGAUGUCGGGUAUGCAGGAGAUGCGAGUCCAUCGAGGAUAGAGAGGUUCGAGAGGGUGUUUGGAAGGGGAGAUUGGGAUGUUAAAUUCACUCUACCUCCAGGAGAAGAUAAAGGGGGAGAAGAAACAGUUCCAACAAUCCACCUCAUCAAUCUCAACAGUCUUGUCCUGGAUACCCCCGCCCUGAGCCCUGAAGUCCAAUCAGCCACAUACGAAUACCUAAACGGUCUAUUGGACGAGCGAAGCCCAUCUAUUACUUCAUCUCCGCGCGGGCAAACAUUCACUCUCCUUCUAACCCACCUCCCCCUCCACAAGAAAGAAGGAAUCUGCACCGACGCUCCCUUCUUCGCCUUCCACGAUGACGAUGACUCCAAGGGUGACGCCGCCGGCAACCCCCGCUUCUACGCCGGCGGUCUCAAAGAGCAGAACCACCUGAGCCAGUACGCCAGCGCUAAUGCCGUGCUCGAGGGCAUUUUUGGGAUGAGUGGGGACGACACCGUCCCCGGAAACGGUUGGGGAAGGAAGGGCCUCAUUCUUACAGGCCAUGAUCAUACGGGCUGUGAUGUGGUGCAUUUCGUGAAUCGCACUGUUUAUGCUGCUGAGGCAGAUGAUGAAAAGAAUGAUGAUGAAACGCGUGACUGGCAAUGGGAUGCCGUGCGCUAUAAGACUCAGUAUGGCACCACAAGAGAAGGGGACCUAGGCGUCCCCGCCAUACGGGAGGUGACUAUGCGCUCCAUGAUGGGAGAAUACGGAGGCUAUGCUGGGCUCCUAUCGGUGUGGUUCACCGGCGCAGAGUGGAAGUAUGAGAUCCAGAUGUGCGCAGCGGGCGUGCAGCAUCUUUGGUGGGCGGUCCAUGUAAUUGAUGUGAUUACUUUCGGGUUGAUGGUACUGUAUAUCGGAUCGGGUAUUAUUGGAGCUGGUAUCUCUGCUGGGAAGGAUACCAAGGCGGAGAAGAAGAUCAAAAAGCAAUAA